UUCAAAAUAUGAAAAAUCAAAAUUUUUCAUAUUUUAUUGCCUUGGACUUGUGCUUUGCUUUUUCGAAUUAAAUAAAGAUUUCAUUCCUAGAAUUACUUAUUCGUUGAGAAAAUAACCCACGGGAAGGGCUGAUUUGCGGAUGAGGAAUUAGCAUACCAACUUGCUUUCAUCCUUCCCGUUCGUGUUCGUAGGCCUUUUUUUAGUUUUUAAGAGGGGUUGCAACCAAGGAGGUAAUUCAUUAUUUCUAAAUCGAAUAAAAAAUCUAUUCUAUUUAGAAAGUAGGAAACUAGCAAUAUCAAUAUAUAUAAGAGGGCAAAGUAAUACAAAAAGAACUCUGUUCGAUUUUUUAGUCUAUCUAUACGAGGAGAUCAUAUGAAAAAUGUAACCGAUUCUUUCGUUUCUUUGGGCCACUGGCCAUCCGCCGGGAGUUUCGGGUUUAAUACCGAUAUUUUAGCAACAAAUCUAAUAAAUCUAAGUGUAGUGCUUGGGGUCUUGAUCUUUUUUGGAAAGGGAGUGUAUAAUCUACUUUCAUUAAGUGAUUUAUUAGAUAAUCGAAAACAGAGAAUCUUGAAUACUAUUAGAAAUUCAGAAGAAUUGCGCGAGGGGGCCAUCGAACAGCUGGAAAAAGCCCGGGCUUGCUUACGGAAAGUAGAAAUAGAAGCAGAUCAGUUUCGCGUGAAUGGAUACUCUGAGAUAGAGCGAGAAAAAUUGAAUUUGAUUGAUUCAACUUAUAAGACUUUGGAACAACUAGAAAAUUUCAAAAAUGAAACUAUAAAUUUUGAACAACAAAAAGCGAGUAAUCAAGUCCGACAAUGGGUUUUCCAACAAGCCUUACAAGGAGCUCUAGGAACUCUGAAUAGUUGUUUAAACAGCGAGUUACAUUUACGUACUAUCAGUGCCAAUAUUGGCAUAUUGGGGGCGAUGAAAGAAAUAACGGAUUAG